AUGGUAGACACAACAUUAUCACCUCGUCUUCGACAUCUGUUGAUCUCAGAAGAUAGAUCCACAGGUCGACUUAUCAUGCCGGCUGGAGGCGAUUUACGUACAUCAAUAAGUGACGGUCCUUCCCCUGUACAUUUAUCCUCUUCUUUACCCAAUCCAAGCAUUUCUUCUUCAUCACAAAAUACUUCUCCCGCUGUAUCACCAACUUCUCUCGUAUACGAUUCUUCUCCAAAUGUCACCAAACGUCCUUUACCUAUCGAUACUGCUUCUGGUCGGUUACCACCACCAAACGCAACAAACCGACCAAUGAGUAGUAUAUUCUCUUUACUCAAUGGGCUCUCUGUAGGAUCCCCACCUUCUUCUGCUUCAUCAAGUGGGUCAAUACGUCCACAAGACAAAGAUAGGGAAGUGAAAGAAAAAGGAAAGGUAUCACCACCUUAUGCUAGACCACAACCGAUUUCACCGACAAGUGAGAGUCGUCAUCUUCAUCUUCAACAGUCUCAACAUCAAUAUCAAUUCCAUCCAGCUCCAUUCUCUGCACCAAUUAUAGCACAUCGACAAAGUAUGUAUUUCGAUUCCACGCAUCCUUACAAGCCGCCUUUCCCACCUCCAACACCUUCAUGUGAUGAUGGUGGUAUGAGACCAGGUUUAUUACGUCGUCACUCGUCUCAUCCAUACGAAUACUCUCCUGCCCAACGUCCAUCCACCGCUUAUGUGACUGGACCAAUAUAUGAAGUAGAUUAUGCUGGAAUGGGAGCAAGAGCUCCAAUAUCGAGAACGACAAAGGCAUGUAACGCAUGUAGAAGUAGGAAAGUUAGAUGCGAUGCAGGUGGAGGAGAUAUGGGUGCUUGUUCGCGUUGUGUGGAAAGUGGAACCGCGUGUAUUUAUACCGGAGCUCAAAAGAAGAGAGGUCCUUGUCCAGGAACCGCUCGACCAUCGAUCAGUAAGCCCAGAAGACCAUCUACCCAAUCACAAAUAUCGUCUCAUCGAUCAUCCGUAGCCUCUGUCCAGUCAAUCCAGAGUUACGUUCUGACUCCGACGGAUGAACAACCACCUUGGUCCAGUCGAAGCUCGUAUGGAUUCCCACCACCUCCCACGGCUUUCACACAUCCUGAUCCAUCCGAAUGGUCAUCGGUUGCACCUAGCAAAAGCCGACCUUCCACUGCGAUCCCCGCAACUCGUCAUUCGAUCAGUGCACCAGUAGGAGACAACCUUCGACCAUCCUCCUCAUCGGUUAAUUCUUGGGCUCAUAACGAAACUGGUCCGGAUAUUGGUAGAAAUAUGUUUGAUCGAGACUAUGUCUUAGGACCAAGAUCGAAUGAUCGAAACUUGAAAAUGACCACUACUGCUACUAUCGAUUCAUCAGAUAGACUAGGCAUUGAGCCUCGAGCUUUGCCACCUUUGAGAGUAGCGAUCAAUCAAGGAUCAUUCUAUGAGUCAUGA